CUUCGUGCCGUGGUUGUUGCUGGGGCGAUGCGCCUGGCACAUCGACCGACGUGCGCGUCCGCAGCAGCAGCAGCAAGUAGUGCAUCGCGCGUCGCACUAUUGCGUUCAUUUCCUGUCGCCGUCGUCGUCGCCGUCAUCGUCAUCAUAGUCAUUGGUGCCGGACUCGCUGGAACGACGACGCUCGCACGCGAGCGCGUUGCCGCGGCCUCGAGAUGAGAGACGACGAAGAGACGCUUCGUACUUCGCUACUCGUGCAAGCACGUGCCACGUGAACGUAAUCGAGUGAUUCGCCGAGAGAGCGAGCUAUCCUCCUGGGGGAUCCUUAGCAGGAUGAGAAAUGUUUGAUGGCUUAUGUGGUGCGGACAAUGUUCCUUAUGUGUGACAGGACCUGCGAAAAACAACUUUUCUUUCAAAAAAUAUUAAGGUGUGACCGAAGGAGGACCGAUCGCCAGCCGAGGAGGCAUGGCUAGCAGCACGGAAGACUACGGUUCCGAGCUGCAGGAGUUGCAGUGGGGAGGCGGUGGUACCACUACUAGUAGCGGUGCCUCGCACUUUCUGCGCGGGGGCGGCGGUGGUUCUCACUACCUGCGGAGCGGCACCGGUAGCUGCUACGAGGCCGAGGACCUCGAGUCCAGCCCCGCCGGCCGUCAUCAUGGCGGUCAGCAUCGCGGCUACUACAGUCCACCCGGUACCAGCUACACCAUCGUCGAGAGGCCGCCCAGCGCGCCCCAUCAUCACUCGUCGCAUGCCACCCCCUACAGAUCCCAUCGGGGUCACGGAACUGCCGGAGGCGGCGGCGGCGGCGGCGGCGGCGGCGGCGGCGGCGGCGGCACCGGUGCCAUUUCCCCGGAACAGGUGCUCAGAUUGUUCGGUAAUAGCGUCUCGGAACGACGUCAGGGCGAUCGUAGGUCCCCGGCGUCCAGUCCGGCGAGCGUGACGGCCGCACGAGGCACGCCGAUUAUUUCCGGUGGCUCGCAGCAACAGCAACAGCAAUCCCAGCAAUCGCAACAGCAGCAACAGCAGCAAACUAAUGCCGGGAAUCCGCCCACGUCUCCCAUCGCGCAGCCGCUCAGCCUGCAGGAGCUCACCGUAAGGACAAUCACCAUGACGAGAGAUCCGCCGGACUCUCACCAUGGCUUUGGCAUCUGCGUGAAGGGUGGCAAGGACGCAGGUGAGAUCCGAAGUACCUUCAGGCUACCCCCGUCGCCGUACUUCGUGCCUCGAGAACGAGAAGCGCAGUCAGGGGUGGGUGUCUAUAUUUCGAGAGUGGAGGAGGGUUCGGUGGCCGAACGAGCUGGACUCAGGCCAGGAGACACGAUCUUGGAGGUUAAUGGCACACCCUUCCGCGCAGUCACCCACGAGGAGGCCCUUAAAAUGCUGAAGGCCUGUAGGACCUUGAGCAUGACGGUGCGAGGGCCAGCACUGGACCCCCGUUGCCGGGGCGGUCACCCUGUCUGGUCAUCGUCAGGUCGACAGCAGUCUUGCAGCUGGAUGGACCGCCAAGGUCGCCCGGCGUCCCCGCCACCCCUUCAUCCGCCCCGCGAUUCCCGCUACGGCCCGAGGACGCGAAAGGUCGAAUUGUGUAUCGAACCCGGCCAGUCCCUGGGCCUGAUGAUCCGGGGUGGCCUCGAAUACGGCCUCGGAAUUUACGUCACGGGCGUCGACAAGGACAGUGUCGCCGAUCGCGCCGGCCUCCUCGUGGGCGAUCAAAUCAUCGAAGUAAAUGGGCAAAAUUUCGAGGAAGCCACGCAUGACGAAGCUGUUCAGAUAUUGAAGACUAACAAAAGGAUGAGUCUAUUGAUACGCGAUGUCGGCAAAGUUCCCCAUUCCUGUACCACCAGUCAGCCUAUAGUAAUUCCAACCACCCGAUAUCCCGAGCACGAUCCUUUGUUAGAAAGCCCCGGGAAUCAUCGACCACCUAGUCCUGCGAGUAGCACAAACGAAUGGAGACAUCGAAGUGGCGUUCACACAGUUUCGGCGGCCACCGCCGCCAUGGUGGAGGAAAAGGCAAGAGUCGUCCUCGCCAGGAGCGAGCGAGCCGCGCUCUCUCAACUUCUGGCGGACUACAGGACGAGAAGGCUGACGAUAGAGGACCUGGUCGCCAGCUUAGCCGAUUUGCUCAACACCCAUGAAAAACUAACACUAUUGACAGAGCUUAGGGAGCUCGUCGACAACAAGGAUAGAGCGGCCUUCGACGACCUCGUCUAUCGACCCCGAAUAGCGAUGGCCAGGAGAAAAGGCGACCGCGCUCACUCGGAUUUGAUAGUCACUCCCUCGCUGCACGAUCUUCCGGGAAAGGGCACACGGCAUGACAGGACAUCUGAUUUCUCACAGAGGGGUGUGCCCGGUGGUUGUUGCCGUCCGGGACGACUGGUGGACGUCGAAGGAGAUCCCCUAGGAGUGACGGGCCCUCUUCUACCGCGGGAUAACCAGGAGUAUAGAUCGCCAAGCGAGGACAGCGGUCUCGGGGCCGACAUGCCCAGGACCAGAGUGAGCUGCAGGAGGGCACAGCAGCACCAAGUGACGACCUCCGAUCUCGCCCUCUCCAACGAUGACGAGUGCGACAAUCAGGACUAUGACGACGAGAUUGAGAAUGGACGAGGUCGCAGGCACAGCUCUCCGGGCGGGUCGCGAGGUAAUCCCCGGGAUUACGGCCAUCACCUGCAUCCAGACAAUUUGGAAAGCGACGGGUGUUGCGAGGGUAGCGACGCCGAGAUGAUCGGUAACGGGAGACGGGGAGCCGGCGAGCGGGAUCGCGAUUUGGAGGAGGAUGACGAGCUCGAAAGCAGGGAGGAGAGGAGCUCGGAGAGUGGAGGAGGAGGUGGUGGGGGUUUCGGUGGUUGGAGGUCCCACCUGCUUGGUGGGCUAACGCAACGCGUCAAAUCCUGGUACUGGGGCGCCAGGCCCCUCGAGCUCGCACACAAGCUCUCGCGAAGCUUCGAUAUGCAGGAGGCGCAGCUGCUGGAGGAGGGCAGUUCCGGCGGCGGGCCCGCCGGAAGUGGAACUACGGGGGGCCCGCCGCGACGGCAUCACAGUGUGCAACGACUGACCCGCAGCGAGAUGUCCGAACGACGCGAGGAGGACGGCGCCCUGGUGGUACCUGAUCAUCAAGGCAACCUGCGCAUCACCGUGAAAAAGACCAAAUCGAUUCUGGGCAUCGCCAUUGAAGGCGGCGCCAACACCAAGCACCCACUGCCCCGGAUCAUCAACAUACACGACAAUGGAGCAGCUUACGAGGCUGGCGGCCUCGAAGUCGGCCAGCUCAUCCUUGAAGUCGAUGGUCAGAAAGUUGAAGGACUUCAUCAUCAAGAGGUCGCACGGCUGAUCGCAGAAUCAUUUGCACGUCGCGAUCGCAACGAGAUCGAGUUUCUGGUGGUGGAGGCGAAGAAGAGCAACUUGGAGCCGAAGCCGACAGCGCUCAUAUUCCUGGAAGCGUAGCAGGAAUCUCCCACCUCCGAGCCGGAACCACCGUAGCUCAACCUGAUCAAAGCUCGGCCAUCGGCGAUCUAGCUCGAGACUCGAACCGAAUCGAGAUCGAGACUGGAAUCGAAAGACUAAUCGAAAGAAGCCCCGAAGAGAUUUAGUGUGAUCUCUUCAGCUUCUUCACUCGAAUUGCCGAGCUGUCAGUUGCUGCUAAAUGAUUAAUCUGGCCCUGGUGGUGGGAAUUCUACUUUACUUCAUGAAGCAAGGAGAGAAGAGCGAAGACGCGAGGGAGAUCUGGACCGGCGUUGCCCGAUUCCGAUAUUUCGACUCUUUAAAGGCCGCUUUGAAAACCCGGAAUGCGCUAACGAGACAAGAAACCCUGGAAAGUUCCUGGCAGUCGUGUAUUCGCUCGGACUUUUCUGCCCUCGCGAUUGACUGGAAUUCGCGCGCGAAAUCGGCAUAAAAUUGCCGCGCGAAGAAAUUACCUUAUUAUGUAAAUACAUUGCCGCUAUUGUACAUAUUCUCACAACAGACAGUUCGAUAGAAGAAGCAAAUAAUCAUAUAUAUCACGAGGGAACUGGUAAAACUCCCGGCGGAUUCCCGGCAACGCCGGUCCCGAUCUCAAAUCAGAACUAUUCACCAAUUAAUUGCGCGAUCGUCAUCACGAUGUAACGAAAUGCGAGAGUGCAUUGGUUAUUUUUCGCAGAACCUCGAAGAGAGACGAAACGGAAGAAAGAUCGUAUAUUUUAUUUUUCAUCGUCGGUGGUUAUUUCGAGGAUUAAUAAAGGUGGAGGAUCGUGCAAUGUGCCAAACUAACUAACGCAAGCCAUAUAUUAAUAAAGCUAUAAACGAUAAGAGAUUGAUUUGGAAGGGAUGAAGGGGAAAGGAAUAAACUUUCGAAGAAACGCAAAUCUGCAAGAAAAUGCAACGAGGGAGAGUGCGGACCUACAUGCUCAUAGUGUAGCUGAGUGAACGAUUACCUCACAGAUACACUCAUAGACAAACAUAUACACACAACAUUCACUUUUAACAUUAUAAUCGCGCGAGAUCUGAGUUUCGACGACGCAAAUUUGUGUCGACUCGAACCUAGAUUAAUAAUCGCGAUGUUGAUUAUAUAUAUAAUUAUGAGAGUUAUGGCAGAUAUUUGUAUGCAAAAGGUAGAAGGGUGCAAGUCCUAAAGAACACAAUAUCCCUAUUUUAAGAAAAGCUCCGAAAUUGUAUCCGCGCGAUUUAUUGAAAUAGACUUA